AUGAGUACUAUGAAAUUUUGUCGCGAAUGGUAGGUUGACCUGCUGUUGAACGUGGAGUUAAGAAGUAUUGAUCUCUUUUCUGCAUCAUUAGUUGUACUCUAAUUUUUUCAGCUCAUGAAUGUUUUGUGAUGAUCCUGCAGUAACAACAUAUUGUAUCCGAAGGAAGACAGAGAGCAGAAGAUCCUACUCUAUGCCUGCCGCAAUUGUGACCAUCAGGUGGCUGUCAUUGCCUUUCUAUGACGUUAAUCAUGUGUUUUUCUUUGCUAUCUUUUUCAUUUUAUGAGGAUCACGUUAGAUGUCCACUAUAACUAGUUAUCUUUUUUUCUUGUUGUAACAAUUGUUCUAUUUCCCCAGUUUGUUUUUGCACUUUGCAUGCCUUUUUAUUGAUAUCAUACGGUUGAAUUAUGAACUAAUUUUAUACAUAGUAUGGAGUACAUUCUCUUUAAAAAAAAUAAAAAAAUCAUCAAAUUAUUGAAGAUAAAUAUAUUUUUCUCAUGUGAUAUUACUUGCCCAAUCUGGCUUGUAACACAUCCUUGAUCCUUUGCCACUAACUGACCCUUCAUUUCAACCUUGUUUGCCUAUUGACUCAACUUACCCGAGAUGGAUUAUGAUAAUUGGAUUGGGAACAUCUUAGCUAAUGGCCUUUGAAUUCUGUUCUCCACGGAGGUCAUGUUCUCCAGGUGGUGGGUUUCUCGUUAUUUAAUGCUCAAAAAUGAAAAAGAAAGAAUUUUUAAAUCCACGAAUUGACUUUCUAGAGCAAUUUUCUCAAGGAAAAUCUUUUUAUGGAGGAAUUUGUGACGGUAGAUAUUCAACAGAGCUUUGUAUCUUUAGAUGAAUAGAAUGUACCCAAGAAUGUUAAAUAACUCUUUAAUCUACAAGACAUCAAGCAGAACAGAGGAAACAGGGAGAUAAAAACAUGGGAAUAUUGGGAGAACCAGCACCACGUUACGAAUGUCUUGAGCUCUAGAAUGCAUUCACAUGAACCGCGCGCUCAGCCUCAGGGCUGAGUACAUUUCUCUCCUAUUCAUUCCUCCACACUUUUCACCGCAAAAUUCGGGUGGUGUUGUUGCAAACGCGAGCUUCAUUAUGUAACUCACACGAAGAUGUCUCAUGCCUUUUCUGUUUUCAGGAGGUGGCUGACAAUAACUGUGUGUACAGAAAUGAGAUCCAUCAUUCUCUGGGUGAGCGCACGCAGGUGCUGCAGGAUGUUGCAGCUGAUCCGACUCUUCCUCGUACCAAGAAUGUCAGAUGCUCCAAAUGCAAUCACCCUGAAGCAGUGUUUUUCCAGGUCAACCCCCCCCCGUUUUGUCUGUUAUUUUGUCACAUUAAUCAUUGGAUUACUCAGGUCAAGGGACAUCCUUAAUGGGUAGAAUUUUAAAGUUGUCGACCAAGUUCAAGUCAAAUUCAUCAUGAUGGUUCUGACCCAGCUGAAACGAAACAGCUCUGCUUUCUUCUUAUCGAUAAUUCUGGUUACCCAUUAAAUGAUGAUGUAAAAUUUAAAUUUAUUUUCCUGCCUAAUAAAGGGUUGCUUUUUUUUAUUUUUCUUGAAUUCUUAUCAAAUUUGAUGCUCUUUUCUGUUCUUGAGAUCGGCCACCGGAUUCUGGUUGCUCCUCGACCUUGAAAAAGAAAGUAAUUUUUUCAAGCCCAUGGAUUGUAUUUGAUUGAAAAUGCAAACAUAUUCAUCAUCUACAACCCAUGCCACCCUUUGGAUGUAUCACGAUGUGUUCUUUGGAUGCGCAUCCUUUGAUCUAUGUAUGCAGUGUUCUAAUCAGAGUACUGAAUUCAGAAAUAUAAGAAAAAGAAAGAGAAGAGUGAUCUUGCCCGAUCAGAGGCUGUCGCCUGAACUUCAUGCUCAUCUGACGAUGACAAUCCCAUUUGAAUGCUAGAAUCGUAUACAUACAUGGAUGCAAUUAUAUACUUCUUCAUAAGUUUCUGAAACGAUCGCCGAGUCCCACUUUUAGCAACGAUCCUGAUAUUUGUUUCUUGUCUCAAUAUAUCUGUCAUUUGACAGGCUGCCAGCAGAGGAGAGGAAGGCAUGACGCUGUUCUUCGUCUGCUGCAACCCCAGCUGCGGAUACAGAUGGCGAGAUUGA